UUCCAAUGGCAUUUACUGAAAGCUGUGACUCAUGUUGUGUUAUCACAGCAAGGACAUCGAAAAUGAUAACAAAUCAGUGCACAGAGAUAGUAGAAAGAUUUCGAGUUAUGUGUUAUCUCUUCUGGCAUCAUUUGCAUGCUAGUACAAAAGCACUAAGCAAUGCUCAAACCGGUUUUAGUUCCGCUCGAAGAAUCUCGGUGCAUCAUGGCAUCUUACCAGAUGUCCUCAAAGUCGUACGAGCUAAGUUCCGUUCACACAGACGUCCAGUGCAAUGGCUGCGACCGGGCCACCAUCCAGGGCCUCCGGUACGCGUGUCUGGUGUGCGAAGACUACGACGAGUGUGACCAGUGUCGCCGGGACAAACGCACCAGCCGGAAGCACCGCCCGUACCACCCGGUCCAACCGAUCCUGCCCCCAGCGGAGAUGGCCCGCAGCAUGGAGUGUGUCCGCUCGCCGCAGACCGAAAUCCGGAUCUACUGCUGUCCGCACUGCGGAGACACGGACUUUAACGUGCGUGACCUGACGGAACACUGCCAGCAGUACCACGCCGACGGUGGCCGCGGCCACAAGGUGCGCUGUCCGAUCUGCGUGACGUUCCGGGUGCCCUACCGGCGGAAGUUCCGGCUCGAGGAUUGCACCCUGCUGCGCCAUCUGCUCGAGGACCAUCGGGACGUGGAAAGUGCCGUUCAAGCAUCCCACGAGGGUGACUGUGCCAUCUGCAUGGACGAUGUUGCGCUGAGUGCCAGCCGGAAGUUUCUACCCUGCGGGCACGCGUUCCACGGGCACUGCAUCGGCCGUUGGCUGAGGAGCAACAACAGCUGUCCGGUGUGUCGGGCGGAGGUUAGCAGGUUCUUUAUGAUGUAAAGAAAUAAAUGGUGGAA